GCCAUGUGUCCGUGAGGGACAUGCUCAAGGCAUAUGAAAUGAAUACAUGAAGCCACAAUCCCUCUCUUUCACACGGAACUCGCGGAAGCGAGUCAUUCAAUCCGGCAGCAACAACACUUUGACGAUUAACCCUCCGCCGCCCGGAAGAGAUGACUGCACCCGCGUCUUCAGAUUGCUCCGAUUAAUCUGUACUAUAAGGACAAGCAACAAGCAAAAUCGAGAGAAACAACGUCAUUUCAGAGACCUUCCUCAAAGGCCACAGCUGGUAUACAUAUUGUCCAGCAAUUUCCCCCCAGCAAGCAAGACGGUUUGUCCCCGGCUGGGACCCGUAGUUCUGCGGCCUGCGUGGCAAUAACAACCGUGCCCGCGAAAAUCGCACGGCGGAAAAGUGCAGUGCUGUAGGCUUGUGGAUCACACUCGAAAAGUCACAUCCCUUGGUGAAGAAACCGGGAGUCGGCAUCGGAAGGUCGCCGUUUCUCUGAACCGAUUCAUAAAACCGAACGCGUUUUCUUCCGCCACAUGUUUGGUGAAAAGGCGAUCGAGCUCGUCAGAGAGCUGGAUCGCAUCGGCGAUGGCCAGUUACCGGCGUUUAAUGAAGAUGGGAUUAGACAGGUCCUGGAAGAGAUGAAGGCUCUCUAUGAGCAGAACCAGAGUGACGUGAACGAGGCGAAGUCGGAGGGAGCGAGUGAACUGAUCCCCACCAUCAAGUUCCGCCACUGCUGCCUGCUCCGGAACCAGAGGUGCAUCGCUGCCUAUCUCUACGAUCGCCUGCUCCGCGUGCGAGCUCUGAGGUGGGAGUACGGCAGCGUCCUGCCCACAUCCGUAAGGUUCCACAUGAGCGCUGAGGAGCUGGAGUGGUUUAACCAGUACAAGAAGUCCCUGGCUACCUACAUGAGGUCUCUGGGAGGAGAGGAGGGCCUGGAUAUCACACAGGACAUGAAGCCCCCCAAGAGUCUGUAUAUUGAGGUCCGAUGUGUUAAAGACCAUGGGGAAUUUGAAAUCGAUGAUGGAACCAUCAUCCUCUUGAAGAAAAACAGCCAGCACUUUCUUCCACGAUGGAAGUGUGAGCACCUGAUCCGACAGGGGGUGCUGGAGCACGUGCUGUCGUGACCGACAGGGACCAACAGGGACCGACCGCAGUGGCUUUUAAUAGGUCUAAAAUCCUACAUUGCCGACACCGAUGUGGGGGGGUUGUCCCUGCUUCAAACAUGGACACUUGUGCUUGAGGGAGCAUCCCUGGGACCCAACAGUAAUGGUGUUUUCCAGGGUCAAGGAAAAACAACCUGUACUUUCCUUCCAUGGCAUUCUGAUGAGCUGAACAUUUACACUGUGGUCUUGUACUGUAUGUGUUGUUGGAACAGCAGGAUGGGAGUGACCGUAUUUGUUAAACGCAAGUUUAGAAAACUAGUGCCACUCUGUACCCUUUCAAAACCCACAGCUCCUCCACACCAGGGUCAAAUUAUUUAGCUCUUUGGGAACUGCAUCUCUUCCUCAUGAAGGAUAGGGACAAAUAGCUUGAUAAAGGUAGGGACUGCACUUAUUUUACAUGUAACAUUGUCUUAAUAGUUUUUUUGCAUGUUUUUGUUUAACAUUGAAAUAUUCUUCUCAUGGACUGAUUUUAAAACCUCUGACAAAUCCUAGAGAUCACUGGAGAAAACCAAAUAAAAUUGAUUAAAUACAAA